GGGUAAAGAUAUAGCCAGUGCACUUAGAAAGCUUGAUGAUGGUCCGGAAAAGACGACAAUGACCUCUUUGAACAAGAUUUUUAAGCCCUUUAAUAAACAAAUGCUUAAAGUUUCUAAGGUACUCUCUAAAGUAGAAUCGAUGUUUAAGUCGCUUCUGAAGAAAGCAAAUGAUUUUAAAGACGGCUAUGAAUGUGAUAGCGCAUCAAUAGAUAACACUGUACAACCAACCACUCCAAGGACUACUAAAAGACCAAUGACGCCAAGACGCACAACACCGAGACGAACAACACCAAGACCUACUACAUCAAGACCAACGACAACAAGGCGGACAACACCAAGGCGCAACAGUAAGGCGGACAACACAGCGACCAACAGCGACAACAGAACAAGGACCACUAGAAUGUCCAACUAAUUUUGAUCCAGUUUGUAGUGAAACUACUAGUGGCGUUCGCUGCAAAUGCGAUUGUCCAUUUUGUGUGCUCAAUGAUGCCGCGGAAUGCCGUAUAUGGGGUGCUGCUCAUUAUAUCACAUUCGACGGUCACACAUACGAUGUCCAGACUGGUUGCUGGCA